AUGAAAAACAAACAUUCCUUUAUAUUUCUACCAAACCCUCGGUAAGUACACCGUGGUAACAAAAAAGGUUAGGUGAAUGGUGAUAAGUACAUUUUUACGCGGGUAUAAAUUGUCUGUACUCAAGACAGUAGAGCAGUGUUUCCCAAAGUGGGCGAUAUCGCCCCCCUGAGAAAACUAGAGCUAUCCAGGGGGCGAUGGAAGUUACAAGCUUAAUUAGGGAGCAUAGACUUAAAAAAAGGGGCGGUCACUGUAUUUAUUUUUUUCAACAACAUUAUGUAGAAUGUAGAUUGUAGGUAGUACAAAUUAUUGUACCUGUAUAUUUUGUAUUUUUAAAUUUAGAAUUUAAACCCAUCAUUAUCACAAUAAAUGUAACAUAGUACACUAUUUCUACUUCUAUAUUAUUUGAAUGUUAUCUGUAUUGCGGUAUUGGUAAUUUAGUAUACUCGCGGAUGCCGAUCUUGUUCAUUGUCGUUAUUAUUUUUAUAAUUGUGGAUUUAAGAUCUUUUUUCAUUUGUACGNAUACCUAUACUAUAUAAUAAUAAUACAUAAUACUUAUUUAUAAACAAUACAUUCAUUUUUCAUUGCAUAUAAUGUAUACUUUUGUACCUAUAUACUUUUUUCUUUAAGAGGGCGUCUGUCAGAUUUUUUUUUGAAGUGGGCGGUAAAGAUAAAAAGUUUGGGAACCACUACAGUAGAGUAACGCCUUAUCAUCUAGUUGGUAUCAUUUAAUACGUGUAUACGGUAUCAUUUAUUUACGUUAUCAAAUUUAAUUUUCUUUAAUAUUUAUACAAAUAUAUUAUGAUAUAACCAUAGAAAACAAAAUAAAAACUGUAUAAUAUACAGUUAUACGCGAUGGUACGCAAAACCAGUGCUAACCUAGUGUUUUAUUUGUGGAAAAAUUCUCGCAAAUAGAAGCAUAAAACCAGUAAAACUCAAAGAACAUCUUGUUUCGUUACAUCCUCAACAUGCAUCAGAUAAUUUGGAAGUCUUUCAAACAAAAAAGGCACGUUUUGAAAAAGGUGGUACAUUAACCGAACUUGGAUUUGUACCUCCACAAAAACCAUGUCUCAAAGCAUCUUACAAGGUAGCGUACCGCAUUGCUAGAAAUAAGAAACCACAUACUAUCGGAGAAUCAUUAAUAAAAUCAUGUGCAUUAGAAAUGGUAGAAUUGGUUUGUGGUUUAGAACAACGAAAAAAAAAUUGAAGCUGUACCUUUGUCAAAUGACACUAUUCACUCCAGGAUCUCUGAUAUGUCAAAUAAUAUUUUUGAGCAAGUAAUUUCAGAAUUAAAUUCUACCCAUUUUCCAUUUAGUAUGCAACUGGAUGAAAGAACUGACAUUUCUAAAUGCAGCCAGUUAUUAGUUUUUGUGCGUUAUAUGUGUUCUGGGACUAGUAAAGACGAAUUACUAUUUUGCCAACCACUUUUGGAAAGUACAAAGGCAAUAGAUGUUUUUGAAAUGAUCACCAAUUUUUUUUCAAAACAAAAUAAAUUAUAAGAAAAAUCUUGGUUCGCUGUACACCGAUGGUGUUCCUGCGAUGCUUGGUAAAUCAUCUGGUUUCACAGCUUUGAUAAAGAAAGAAAUUCUUGACAUUAUCACUCAUUGCUUUCUUCAUCGGCACGCUUUGACAUCUAAAACUUUACCAACGGAUCUAAAAGAGAUAAUGACAAUUACAGUUAAAAUUGUUAUUUUUAUCAGAGCUAGAGCAUUAAAUCACCGACAUGAAGUUCUUCUCUAUCACACAGAAGUACGUUGGCUUUCCAGAGGACAAGUUAUGAAACGCGUGUAUGAACUUCGAAAAGAAAUUUCUUUUUUUUUAGUUGAAAGGCAAAGCUCACUUGCAAAACAUUUCAAUAAUAUUGAGUUCAUUCAUGGAUUGGCAUAUUUAACAGAUAUUUUCAAUCAUUUGAACGAAGUAAAUACAUCGAUUCAAGGGCGAGAAGUGACAAUUAUGGAUGUAUCCGAAAAAAUGAAUGCAUUUUUAAGUAAAAUCCCCUUGUGGAAAAGAAGAUUACAGUCAGAAAACUUAGCAAACUUUCCAACACUUGACCACAAACUUUCACAAAAUAAUAUUGUUUUAUCUGGUUCUAUACGUACACAAAUUUGUGAACACCUUGACGUUCUUGAAAAUUAAUUUGGUGGUUAUUUCAGUUCUUACGCAAUCCUUUUAUUGUUGACUUAAAUACUAUUGAUGAUUCAGAUCUUGUUAAAGAUGAGUUAAUUGAUUUAAGAUCAAAAGAAAUAACACGGCAAGAUUUUCAAACAAAAAAUUUAAUCGAAUUUUGGUGUUCAUUGACAAAGGCUUAUCCGCUGGCUGUAUCUAGGGCAGUGAAAUUUUUGAUUCCAUUUUCCACUACAUAUUUCUGGGAUUUUGGGAUUGGGACUGGGAUGUUGGGAUUUUCUUAA